AAAAACAAAAGUUUGAGGAAUUUCUAAAUAAAUUGAAGAAUAUUCACCCUAGCUUAAAAUACAAAAUUGAAAAUAUUGAUCAUGAUCAGAUCAACUUUUUGGAUGUAGUCAUUUAUAAAGACUACGUAAAAAAUCAACUAGGGACAAGAAUUUUCGUUAAACCAACGGACACGUUUCAGUAUGUGAGAGAGAAAUAGGCUCAUCCGAAACAUAUUAUUGAAAACAUAGCUACUACAUUGGCACAUCGUGUCAAACGUAUAUGUUCAGAUGAUACAGAGAAAUGGAAAGCAUACGCCGAAAUCUUUCUACGCCUACUGGAACGUGGCCAUAACGGAAACUUGGUUUUAUUAAAAAUCAGAAAAGUCGAUCAACUAAACCGAGUAUGAUUACUGAAAAUGCGAGAUACGGAAGUGACAACAGAGAAAUAUAAUUGUAAAAAGAUUAUCUCACUGACAUAUAAUAAACAACUGAAAAACAUAAAAUACACGUUUGAAAACUAUUCGAAAUACACAGUAAACUGGUCGAAAUAUAGAUUUGUCUAUAAAUGUCCCCCUAAUCUGAAACAGAUACUUGUACAUCGAGAAUACACGGGAAACCUCAAAUAUUUAGCCCCAACACAGAUGAACCAGAAUAUCGGAUUUUUUAAAUGCCACCGAGUAGGAUGUUCCUGUUGUAAAUACAGUAGAGAAUGUUCGUCUUUUUUUGGGACAGAGAUAAAGAUUCGACAAUAUAUUACCUGUCGGACAACGAAUAUUUGCUACUAUAUCCGAUGUAAACGAUGUACUGUGGAAUAUGUACGUGAAUCGGGAAAUUCUGAACACUAUCGUUUAAUAAGAUACCUCUCUCAAGUAAAAACAAUAAGAAAAACGAGUAUAGGUAGACACUUCAGUAGUCACAAUCACUCAAUGAAAGAUUUAGAAAUCAUUCCGUUCGAAAGUGGAUACCAGGGUUUAGAACAUCGACAAGCUAGGGAAGACUAUUGGCGAGAGUGUUACAGCCAAUCCUGAAUAAAGAUAAUAUUACUGAACCGCAACAGUUCAACAUUACCAUAUGAAUCCACCCUUCCAUUAGAACCGAUUUCAAGAUCGGAGUCCAUUAGGACGUGUUCACCGUUAUUGAAGAAAGAUAUUCUCUUAGUCGUAGGACCAUUAAGCCAUUUUUUUUUAAAAAGAAUUACUUUUCAUAAGUGAUUUGUGUUUCCUAUGUAUAUUUACUUAUACAUACAAACACAUACAUAGUCACACCUUGAUACAUAUAUUAUACACAGACACAGACCGACUAAGAGAAUAAUGUUAAAAGAAAGUAAUAUUUCUUUUCAGAUGAUCAAUAUCUGUUUACGGAGCAUUUUUGAACAAUGUAACUGAAAUUGAAACACAUUUACAUAUAAUGCGGAAUUAACGUUGAGGUCAAAAGGGAAAAAUACAACAAAAAUAAUACAAAUAUCAAAUCAUAAUACAAAGAAAAUGUAUCGUUUGAAGGAGGAACGAAGUUAAGAAAAUCCUCAUAUUUUAUUGUGUAAUUGAAAUUUUCUUUUAUGCUGUAGACAAGUAGACUCACUAAAUAAAAUAUUUAGAGAAUGCAUAGAGAGAUGUUCUAUAUAUUAGCUUUACUUUGUUCUCUAUUUUGUAUCGGAAGCGAAAUCUGGUAACACUGGGUGUGCUUUUCUUCACAUCAGGGCCGGUACUUUCGCCGAGAGUUCGUUUCAGAUCAAAAUUUGAGCCAAUUCAAACGAUUAGAAUAGGUGUAGAAGCUAUUUAUUUGAGAAUUUACUUCGCAAAAAAAAAUGACGAGAUAUAAAUAAUAAACGGUGAGAGUUCCCAAUGAAACUAUAUAGAGCUUCAUUCACAAUAACAUAUCUGAGUACGAAGGAGAUCGAUAUUCGGACUUAUUUAUGAAAAAGAAUCAUCUACUAACAUCUUAGUUCAAUUUUAUUUUAAAUAUAAACCAUGAAAUACGUCCACCUUUCAUCUCUUUCUAUUCUUGAUUGAGAAUAGAUAAAUUAUAUGUUUCACUUGACUUUUUAUUAUAUUAUCUCGAUUAGACUAGAGAAAGAAAAGAGACUCGGCUACUCUGGACAAUAGAAUUAAACCAAUGUGACUGGUUGAAGUCAAGGAUAUAUUUUUACUGUAUAAUUGUAUUCUCUUUUUAAACUUUUCAUUUCAUUUAUUGUUACUUGUCUGUUGCAUGUGGUUAUUUCAUUCUUUUAAAGAAUCGAACUAGCUCGUUAAGGACUGGUACGCAGUCGAAACUGCGGUCGCAAGUAAUAGUUCGAAUAACAAGUAAUACGCAACAAUUUCGUGAACGAAAUUACAAUGACAUACAUUUACAUAUAAUUAUUGAUUCAUACUCAAUUUUUUAAAAUUUAUACUUUGUUUGCCGUGAACGUUCUAUUUAAUUUUAAAUCGUAUUUGAAUUAUUUAAAUUUAUUAUUCAAUUUUCAUGGUCUAACGUAUUUACUGUUUUAUGGUACAUAUAUUAUUAUACGUAUUACGAACUACAAUAAUACAACAACUUAAUAUAUUUCAACUUUGGGACUGGUAACUACUUUUUUAUAUAUUUAUAUAUUUUUUUGUGUAUCCCACUCACGGUAGCUACCUCUUUUCUAUUCCCUUUUUAACAGAAAAUAAUGAAUAAAGAACUAGUCCAAGAAGCCUUGUCUCAUUUUCUUGAUCUGGCCUAUAAGAAGAUAAAAAAAGAUCAAAACUAUCCUGUCCAGUCUUGGUCAGCAUUUUGCAGAGAACAUCAAAAAUUUGUAAAAACAGAAGAGAAAUGGAAAGAAAUUUGGACGAUGUAUGGUUCAAGACCUGACUUCAAUAGUCUACACUUAAUGUUGGUCAAUUUGAAUCAGGAACAAAGAUAAUAAGCCGGAUUGGUUAAAUAAUGAACAUCUUCAAGUUGUUACUAGAUACUUUCAUAGAUCAUUAGAAAAUACUCUUUCGUAGAAUGAUGAACUAGCUCAAUUUGUGCAUUGUAAUCAGACUGAGGGAAGGAAAGAUACUAGUACAGCAAUAAAUACAGUAAAUGUGGCAUCGCCGUCAUUAUCAAUUUUGACAGCAAAUAUGACAACGAAUAUUGGUUAUGUACAAAAAAAGUCUAUAAGUUGUCAAACAGAAGCGAUAAUAGAGGAAAAAAAUAUGAAUAACCAGAGAAGAAAUUCAUCUUCACAAUCUAGAAUAGUAACAACAACAAAUGAUAUUCUAGUUUGGGAUGGAGUAGGAUGUCAGACAGAUAUGAGCCUAGAUAUGUCUAAUGAAGCUGUGUGGAAAAAUCCCACGGAAGAAAUCGUAGAAGAUUUUCGGCUAUACCGCGAAUGGUGGUUAACAACAGAUUGUGGAAUAAAAAUUCAUAAUAUUAAGUUAAGCAAAAUUGAUCAUUGCACUGGAGAACAUGGAAAUAAUACUACUUGUAAAAUCUGUCUAGGUGUAUCAAGAAACAUUUCGUUACAAACGGAAUGGACGUCGGUGACGGCGGAAGAAGAUAUAUUAGACAUAUAUAGACAGGAGUAUGAGCGGUUUUAUCGAUUUCGGAACCAUUUGGCGAUUAAUCGCUAUUAUGUGGAAAAUGAAAUAAUACCACGCACAUUUAAUUUUGAAAUACCUGUCCAAACAUUUGGAGCAAAGGAUCCCUUACUACGAAAAAGAUGGGAACAAAUAGCAUCCGAUAUGAGAAAAGCAUUUUUACAAUGUGAAGCGGAUGCCAUUCAAAAGACUAUUGAUGAGACGAGACUAAAACUUGAAACUUUACGAGAGUAA